AUGAAUAUGGUGAAGAGGAUCAUGGGCCGACCUCGGCAAGAGGAGUGCAGCCCACAGGACAAUGCACUAGGUUUAAUGCAUCUGAGGCGACUCUUUCACUGAGCUUUGUCAUCCUGCCCGACACAUGACUCAAAAGGAACAGGAAGAGAAACUUUACAUGAUGCUGCCUGUCUUUAACAGGGUGUUUGGAAAUGCACCACCUAGCACAAUGACAGAAAAGUUCUCAGACCUUCUACAGUUUACAACACAAGUGUCACGCUUGAUGGUGACUGAGAUUCGAAGGAGAGCUUCUAAUAAGUCCACAGAGGCUGCUAGCCGAGCCAUUGUCCAGUUCCUAGAGAUCAACCAGAGUGAGGAGACCAGCAGAGGCUGGAUGCUUCUGACUGUCAUUAACCUGUUGGCUUCAUCUGGGCAGAAAACCGUGGACUGCAUGACAACAAUGUCGGUGCCUUCCACCCUGAUUAAAUGCCUGUACCUGUUUUUUGACCUCCCACAUGUGCCUGAGGUACCUGGAGGAGCAGAGAAUGAGCUGCCUUUGACCGAGCGCAGAGCUUUGCUCCAGAAAGUCUUUGUGCAGAUUUUAGUGAAGUUGUGCAACUAUGUAUCUCCAGCAGAGGAGCUGGCUCAGAAAGAUGACCUUCAACUCCUCUUUAGUGCAAUAACAUCCUGGUGCCCCCCAUACAACCUUCCCUGGAGAAAAAGUGCCGGUGAAGUUUUAAUGACCAUUUCACGACAUGGGCUUAGCCUAAAUGUGGUGAAAUACAUACAUGAGAAAGAAUGUCUGGCCACAUGUGUGCAGAACAUGCAACAGUCAAAUGAUCUGUCUCCGCUGGAAAUUGUGGAGAUGUUUGCUGGUCUUUCCUGCUUUCUCAAGGACUCCAGUGACGUGUCUCAGACACUGCUGGAUGACUUCAGGACGUGCCAAGGAUAUGUCUUCCUCUCCGACCUCCUGCUGAGGCUAGAGCAAGCUAAAGAGAACGAAUCCAAAGAUGCGUUGAAAGACUUGGUUAACCUAAUUACUUCUUUAACAACAUAUGGUGUCAAUGAACUGAAACCAGCUGGUUUAACUACAGGGGCACCUUUUUUAUUGCCAGGCUUUACUGUCCCGCAGCCUGCCGGAAAAGGUUUGAGUGUGAGGAAUAUCCAAGCCUUCUCAGUUCUACAAAAUGCAUUUCUUAAAGCAAAGACCUGCUACCUUGCACAGAUUAUACUGGAUGCCAUCACCAAUAUUUAUAUGUCAGACAAUGCCAAUUACUUUAUCCUGGAGCCUCAGCAUACACUUUCCCAAUUUGCAGAGAAG